UUACGUCAGAAGAAGCCGACCUGUUGCCGGCAGGGUCAGGAAGCGGGAGCGACUCGCGUUUACCAGCUUAAAAAAAAUAUAAAAUAAAAUACGAAUUUGGAAUUGAAUAAAUAAAUAAUUUAAACUAAACUGACCGCGAGGAGUGUAUCCAACACACGGUAUCGCUUUCGAUAACUAAAAGGACGUCCUUCAGCAGGUAAACAGUGAUUUGAAGCGUCAAGGUGAAAUUGAAAACACACAGACCGUAUCUUUAUAAUUAAAAACGCACUGCGAAGCGUUUAAUUAACUAUAUAUAUAUAUAUAUAUAUAAUAUUCGAUACCGUGAUGUGUGUUUCUAUUGAUCUCAACACGUUUGAAGUAGUUUCAGGAGAAACACGACAGGCUGCGCGUUUUGUCCCGUUUAAAAUAACGUGCAUUGCUACGAAUUGCCGACGUAACUGUGCAAAAUAUUAAUUAAUAUUAAUUUUUUAUACUACAGACUAGUAUUCAUUCGUCUCGUCGUAUCUGUGUUUUACCAGUGAAGUCCAUUACGCCACACACUCGCUAACCGGCAACAAAACAUGAAUAUAUAAUAAUAAUAAUAAUAAUAAUAAUAAUAAUAAUAAUAAUAAACGUAUUACAUUUACUUCCAGUAUUAUUUAUUUAUUUCUUAGCAGACGCCCUUAUCCAGGGCGACUUACAAUCGUAAGCAAAUACAUUUCAAGCGUUACAAUACAAGUAAUACAAUAAGAGCAAGAAAUACAAUAACUUUUGUUCAAGUGUGACAAACCACAAUUCAAUAAUACAGCAGAUAAUAGUGAUAGUUACAUCAGGAUGUGAUUAAAUACAAAGUACUACAGGUUAAACACUUGGCAGAUUACAGGAUUCUGAAGUACAGGAUUAAAUGCAGUAAAAUAGGGGGCCGAUAAGAGCAAAAUAAAGCACAUUUACAUGAAGGAAGCACAUUUACAUGAUUUCCAGUAGUUUUGUUCUGAUACCCGUGACGCUAACGGGUAGACAGCGAUCCGGUAUUAAUGUGUGUUAGUAUUAUUGAACUAAGAGACGUGAUUUCAUAUAAAGAGACACUAUAAUAUCCAUUGUAAGUAUGUGGAGAAACACUAUGCGGUUUGCGGCGGUCCUGUGCCGGCAUCUACCUCCACAGAUGAACCCUCAAAACUUGACCGCUUCCUUGAAGAAGGUGAUUUUGGAAUCGGCUGUUGAAUUCUCCAGACCUGCCAGGACUAUCUCGUGGACCCGGGCGCUGUGCUCCGCCCCGAAGGACUACGGCGUGCCGAACCCGAGCUGGUCUGCGGAGAUGAUGAGUCUGUACGAGCGCUACAGCGCGAAGGGGGCCGAGUCCUGGGAGAGGCUUCCGAGCUACAAGCGCUACCUGACCUACUCUGCAGGGGGGCAGUGCCUCAGCCGGCUGCACAAGCCCACGGCUCGUCUGUUCACCAGGAACCUGGAGGAGGAGGGAGCCGGGUUCGAGUACACCGUCUUUGCCAACAAAGCGGAGCGGCGCGCGGUGUGCCUCUUCCAGGCCGGGCCGCUGCUGGAGGGACCCCCGGGGCACGUCCACGGGGGGGCGAUCGCCACCAUCAUCGACUCCGCCACGGGGAUCUGCGCCACGUACCUGACCGGCUUUGUGAUGACAGCCAACCUCAACAUCAACUACAGGAAUCCCAUUCCUCUGGGCUCAGUGGUGCUGGUAGAGUGUGAGUUGGACCAGACCGAGGGCAGGAAGACGUUUGUCUCGUGCAGAAUCACCAGCGCUGAUGGGUCCAAACUGCACACGGAGGCCACAGCUCUGUUUGUCUCGGUCAGUGUGGGGACUCUGAUUGGAUUCUGAGUCCGGGAGUCCCUGUGUGAGCCGGAGCAGACUCACCCCAGAGAGAAACGAGAGGAGGAAACGGGACCUUCAGCCGAGCUGCCUCCAGGGGGGGCCCAAACACCCCCCCCCCUCCCCCAGCCUGCAAUCUUAAACCAGAGGCUCGAGGACCCCCCAGUGUGUCUUCUGGUUUGCACUGACUGUAAACUACACUGUAUUUAAAUAUGAAGCUUGCAUUGUAACCCUGUGCUGCCCUGUGACACCUGUGUGAGUCACCUGGGAUUUAAAAAAAAAAAAAUUGCAUGUUUCAAGUUGCUUUUAAAAUGUUAAGGUUGACUUAGAAAUCUGAGAGUGUUUUUAAAAGAGCUGAAAACAGUAAAAAAAUGUCUAAUUAAGUAAAUUAUUAGCUCAGUUUAAGGGUUCAUUUGAGUAAUUGAUGAAUUCAUUCAUUCUGUGAGCUUAAUAAUAAUAAUAAUAAUAAUAAUCAUCAGACUCCUGUUGCACAGCAGUGUGAUCCAGUCCAGGUUUCACUGCUACCAGCUUGAUCAGCCCCAGUGUGUCUAGGCAACAAGCUGAGGUGUGUCUGAUUAUUAAACUCCCAGUGAAACCAGGACUGGAUCACACUGCUGGAGCGGGAGUCUGAUUCCCGCCCCUGCUGUGGUGUAGUUUGGUCACCUUGCCUCGCUCACCAUGUCCAGUUGCAAUAGUCUCUCUGUUAGAACAUGCUGGUGGACAGUGAAGAGGAUACAGAGUCUUUGAAAACGGGUUUAAUGCUUCGGUUGUGUUGACGUGUGACUCCGUUAAGAACACUUAACACUGCAGUUGUGAGCUCUCACCGCUAGGUGGCGCAGUAUUCCUUUUGAAAGCUGGAUUUGUUUGCAGAGUGUGCCCGGGCGUGUUCUGAGAAAUGUACGAUAUAUCGUCUGUCCUUAAAUACUGAAUGUCGGUAGAAUUUCUUCUAAGACAGGAAAUCUUUUCCGUAGUACCCCUGGUUAUUAUUUUUUAAAAAGCUGUUAGUUUAGCUAAUUUAUUGGACCGGUCAUAUCAACACUUUAUUGAACCAUCUAUUUGAAUAUAGGUUUCUUUUUUAUGCAAAAUGUUUUUAAUUUUAGUGUUUUAAUAAUAAUAAUAAUAAUAAUAAUAAUAAUAAUAAUAAUAAUAAAGUAUUAUUAUUUGA